AUGCAUCAAGCGGCCAAAUCGGUUGAACAUAGUUCUAAUAAUACUCAUUUUCCUCUCGCUCUCUUUAAAUAUCUUGCAGAUCAGCCUCUACAAGCUGGGUUAAAAGAAGGCGAAGUAGAUGUAUUUUGGAACCAGAAAGGCGCCUACACGGACUCAGAUGAUGAUGUACGAGAUCGCCUUUGGGAUAGCCUCGACUUCGACCCGGGUGUCGUUGCCGUACCUAAGUUAUGGGCGGCAGAGAAGGGCCUGGAUGAAGGCGCAACCUUUCCUUGGGAUUCCAGCAAAUCUCUUUAUUUCGUGAACGCUUAUCACAGCUUACACUGCAUCAAACAAGUUUAUCGAGCUUUCAGAGACUACCGAAUGGGAAACCCUCCAUCGAUAUCGAACGGACACGUAGUCCACUGCCUGGACCAGCUUCUUGCGGAUAUUAAGUGUCAAGCGGACGACACGCUCCGCGCCACAAACGUUUCGACUCCUCAUAACUCGGCCGUGUAUCAAACGCACAAGUGUCGUAACUGGGAUGCAUUAGAGAAAUGGACGCAGACUUAUCCGAGCUGUUACCGCUAUGGGAACGGCACUUUCGAAGAUAAUCAGCCAAGCCAGCUUCCGAGAUUUAGGUUUUGCCAGGAGGGUACUCCCGAGUUAGAAAAGGCACGGAAGUAUUUUGGAAAGGGUCAGGACUGGAAGCCGAUUGAAGAGAAGAAAUUUAGCUGGGUUGAUUAA